AUGCAACAUAAUACCACUUAUGCUGCAGUUGCACCAAUACGUCCUCCACAAAAUCAGGCACAGUUGUUUUCUUUACCACUGAAACCAAACAAUGACGAUGAAGCAAUAACAGUUGCAUUAGUAACAAACUUUACGCCAUUUUUCGAAUGUUUAAUGACCUGUAAAGGAAAAGACUUAUUAAUUGUUGGUAAUCAUUGCUUUAAAUGUAAUAAAACAACAAAAGCAAAGCGUUAUUGGCGUUGUGAUAUUGAAUAUUGCGAUAUCUGGGUCCAAACCACUGUAGACGGUGGUUAUAUUAAUAUGAACAAAUCAGAACAUGAUCAUUUUUGUGAUCCUGAUCUUAUUGUUACUAAAAAAUUAAUUGGAUUAAUACGUGAACGAUGUAAACAAGAAUUACUUUCCAUAGUCACUACAUAUGAACAAGAAGUUAACAAAGUAAAACUUACUGAAGCACGGUUGUGCAGAAUGUCAAGAUAUGAUCAAUUGCUUGUUACCACGUGCUACCCAUUGCUUGAUGGAAAACAUACGGAUGGUUAUCGAGCUAUAAUUGGUUCGUUGAAAGCGGAAGCUAAAAGACGUAAAACUGUUUUGAUGCCGACAUUCAUAAUGACAGAUUUUGAAGGCGGUCUGAUAAAGGCCGUUGCUGUUGAAGUAAGUUCCUGA